GGCAGUCGAGGAAAAUACGGUGUAUCGAAUGCGUCAUCUCUACAGAUUUCGCGCUUCGCGUUGGAGAGACGGGAAUAUCCGCAAGUAAAUUCGUCGUUUUUAGUCCGCGGUUGUAGGAAUUUUAUUAAACAUCUGACUUCGCAAACGAGUCGGACAAAACAGAUAAUAAAAGCGGUGCGUUUGAAUAAUUAUCAUUUCAAAUUUGACCUCUGUUCAGUGCGCGCCCAUUUUUGUGUUUAAAACUUGAUUUUCGUACGUACUUCUACCUGUUUAAUAUGAGUGUGGCUUAUACGGCUUUAGAUCAAGGACGCGGCGGUGAUGACCGUGCAAACCAGCCAAAUGAUGGUCAUUCAGCGAACAGUGCACCCAUGGCGAAGGCCGAGAUAGACGACAUCGACGGUCCUACCGAAGAUGCGAACCGGGUCGCUGGAAGUAAUAACGUUGACCCAGUUUCACAUACAACUGUACCUGACAUCUCAGUCACCGACACAAAUGAGCUCAAACUGAAUAAUUCCGAAGACCACAUGGAUGGUCUUCAUUUAGGAGAUGAUCUCAAUCACGAAAUCGACGGAGUACAUCAUCUGAGAGACUUCCGAGUGGGCACCCCGCACUCCGGCAUGAAUCGCACAGGGUUGAACUUUGACACUGAAUUAGGAAGUAUCGCAGGAGAAACUAUUCCUGAUAUCAACGUUUACCAACACAAAAAGACUUUGGCUCAAGGUAUGAUGGAUCUGGCUCUCUUUUCUGCCAAUGCUAAUCAGCUUCGGUACGUGCUGGACAGUUAUUCUAGACAUCCUUAUUACUGGGCUAGUUGCAUCUGUAUAAUUUUUAGUUUGGGAUUACAGGUAGGCGUUGGCAUCGGACUAAUCUGGAACUCCCUAUACAACGUUAAAGACGAUAAACAUUUACAUUUAGCCAACAAAAUAAACAAUUUCACAGUAAUCGGGAUCUUUUUAGUAGUGGUUCUUAACGUUUUCAUCUCAGUCUUCGCAGUGAUUAGUCCAGCCGAAGUGUUUAUUCAAGUUUCACCAGGUCAACCUAUGCAGCCUCUUCAAGUUUCUACACCAACUGGUAAUUUAACGGGAACGUGAACUUUAUAAAGUAAACACCUUUCAAAGCAUUUUCUUUUUAUUAGAAUUUUAUUUUCAUUUUAAGAUAGUCUUUAUCUGGUACUGACAAGUGAAAUAUUAUCAAUUGCAUUGUAGUUAAGUUUUGACCUAAUAGUUUAAUAUUAUAAUUUGGAAAUGAAAAUAAUACAUUCUAAUAGUGAAAGAAUUUUUUAACUCUUAAUAAAAUAUGUUAAUAUUCGUAGUUAUUUGUAUUAAUAUUAUUUUACGUCAAAAUUGGGCUAGACUGAUAUAUAACAUAAUGCCAAAUCACUACAGAUUUAUACUUGUACUUACUUCAAAGGUUUUGCCUUUGAAGAAGAAGAUCCUAACAGUACCUCCUAUCUUUAAAUUCCAUAAAGUAUCCAAUACUUUUCCUUAACUACUUUAAGAUCUGUAUUAUAUCAACCAUAUAAGUCCAUGACUUCAACAGAUCUGAUUUUUUUUGUAAUAUAUGUUUUAUAAUUAAUGUACACUGACUGACAAAAAAGGCCACCGUGAAAAGUUUUAAAAAAACAUUUAAUAUCCAUUACUACUACCUAUCAAGAGUUUUGAAUUUAAAAAUAAUUUAUUAAUGAUAUGGAAUCCAAACACUAAAAGAAAGGAGACUAUUUUACACAUAACUAGAUAAUUCAAUGAAAGAAGAUAACGGAAUUAUAAAAAAUACAUUUUUUUUCAUAUUUAAAAAAUUACAACAGUUUUUCAAUUUUGACCUUCUGCUAACCAUCAAUACAUACUGUGUAUGCUCAAACUUAAGUGUAAAGCUGAUCCAAUAGGUGCUCUAUUAGGUUAAGAUCCAGGAUGAAUACAAUAUCUGCAAUCUUUGAAAGAAAGAUACCCGUUUAGAAAUUGUCUUUUUCUUCUUCCUCUUUGUAUGUUGGCUUUAAAGCAUGUUUCUUCUUCAAUAUUAGCCUCCUAAAUUGUUUAAAUUGUCGCACCAUCUUUUUCUUGUUCUGCCAAUACUUCUUCGUCCAUUUGGUGACUUAUCUGGUACUAUUCGUACUGUCCUAUCUUCUGCCAUUCUACUAAUGUGUUUGAUCCACUCCUGUUUCCGUUUUCUCACCCAUCCAUUUAUGUCUUCUAUCUAUCUAUUCUAUCUAUCUCUUCUUAUGUUUUCGCUUCUCUCUCUAUCCAACAGACUUUUCCCUGAUAUUUGUCGCAGUAUUUUCAUCUCUGUUGCUUCUAGUAGUCGUCUCGUUUUAGAUGUGCCAGAUCUUGUCUCCUCCGUGUAUGUUAAUAUAGGUUUAAUUGCUGCUUUAUAAAUUCUUGUUUUUGUGUGGCUCUAUGUUGCUAACGCAUUUAUCAGUGUUGACUCUGAUUAUGAUUUUUAUUGGUCUAGUUUUGGUUUUAAAUAAUCUUCUACUUCUUUUUUAUAAUAUUCUUUCGAGUUUGCUUUGCUAAAUUCAAGAAAUUCUGUUACUGAGUACUGGGUGUUGAUGUAUCCUUGUUAGAUAUAAAGGGUUAAUCUUAAUACAUGAAAUUCACAUGAAUCAUUCCUAAUAUUUAUUUUUAUUUAUGUCUUCCUCUUUUAGCCUAAUUAGUAGUUUUUCCAUAUAAUUAUUUUGCAUAUAGUAAUUAUACAUUGAACGGUAAGUCAUUUUCAAAGCAUAUAUCGAUAAAGCUUAUUUCAGCUACUAAUACUUCUUCAUCUUCUUUAGCAGUAACUUUUGGUUCAUUCCUAACAUUGGCCUUCGCUUGUGUUUUCCAUGUUCGUCUGCCAUGGUUCCAGUUUCUCGAUGUCUUUUUUUGGUUGUCAUUUUUAACUUUAAAUGUUGCUUUCUUCUAAAUGUUUUCUAAAAGCUUUUUAUAUCUUUUUUCUUCUUCAAUUUUUGUCCUCUCUGUAUCAGGUCUUGUUUCUGCCGCCUAUGCCAUUUUUGAUAUGAUGACUAUUUUGUAAAUUCUGCUUUUCAUUUCUUUCCCGACAUUUUUUUUCUCCAUAUUUUUUUAUUUUAUAUCGGGAGUCUAAUAUAUUAAUAGUCUUUAUCUACUAAUAGUGUAUUAUUUUAUUUCAAAAAUCAAUAGUUUGGUGUCAUUAUGGUGUCAUUUUAGAAGCUAAGAGACAGGGGCAUAGUUGGGGAAAGCAACACCAAAAGUAAUUUUGUAAAUAAGAAUUAUUUUUCAGUAACUUAAUUUUGAAAUAAAUAUUAAUAUGUUUUCUAGUAUAGUUUUAAAAUUUUAUUUGACUCUUUUUGCAGAUAGAUAUACAUAAAAUUGUUUCUUUAAUUUUAAGCACAAGCAAUCCAAAGCAAAUUGUACAAAUAAACGAAAAUAUAUAUAUAAUAAAAUACUGUUUGAAAUUUAAAAAUUAGCAGCUAUUUGUAAAUUUAUUGUGGUGUGUGGUUAAAACAUUCUAAAUUGUCGAAAAAGUCUGAUUAACUAAAAAAACCACAGUGUUGGAAACAGCUAUAGUUAUGUGAUCAUCAUAAAGCGAAGGAAUGUGAAGAAACCGUGGACAACUGAUGUCACUGUUAUCUUAUCAAAACACAACGAACUGCGAAUUCCCAAAUUUACAAGUUUUCUUACAAAUUCUGUUACACUUUAUAAUAAUGAUAAAUCAAGUGUAAAACUACUUCCAACACGAACUAUCUUCAACAAAUACAAACAUGUUAAGCAACGUCUGUAUCUGCUCGUGCUUUGCCUUUGAUUAUACCUGCUGAGUCUCUGAAACGGAAAAUAAAUUACCUUACAAAUCGCCUUCAUUGACAGCCUACUCUCCUAAAACAAGCUUCUUCAAUAGAUCAACAAAAGAUUUAAGUACUAAUGUUUCCCCUACUUCAUUAAAUUUUACUUCCUUUUGGCGUUGGCCAAAAAUUAUCACUAUUUUUUCUUGGUAUUCCUAUGCGUUGCUGGAUUAGUUAAUCGUUCAGAUUUCAUUAUUUUCUACAAUAUAGGAGGAGUUGUGUAGGUAGUUGCAAUAGCAGUUGUGUAUGACAAAGAAGACUUGUAUUGGGGCAACGGAUACUACAGGAAAAUUAAUUGCAGAUAAUCAUGAUUGAAUUACAUAUAUCAUCAGUUUUUCUAUAAUGAAUUAAGAUUUUUGUUUACUUAAAAUAUAAACCUGUGUACUUAUUUUUAUCUUGCUCAAACCAUUACAGUUUAGAUAAUAUCGAUUCUAAAUGCUGCCAAUAUUUUAUUAUUACCUAUGUAUUUACGAAAUCUGUUAAACAUUUAAAAUAUUAAAUAUUUUUUGAAUGUACAUGAAAUAAAGAAUUUAUUGUU